AUGAACAGCGUGCUACAAAUAAUCGUCAGUGAUAUAAAAGAAGUAAAUACUUCUGAGACAGCCAACAUUAUUCUCAAAACUCUAGAUAGUAUUACUAAUAGUAAGACAACUAUGUCGUCACCCAAAGACCGAUUACAAGAAGUGCAGGUAUACUUGUCUUCAGCGUUAGCGCCUUGGUUAGAAAAGCCUACAGAUAAUAUAUGUGCGGACGCGGGUAAAACACGUGGUAAAACUGGAACUGAUGCAAAAAGUGGUACAGUUGGUGUUGGUGGUGGUGAAAAAAACGGUAUAGGUGCUAAUGGUAGAAAAAGUGGAAAAGGCGGUAAAGCUGGCGCUGAUGGAAAAAGAGGUAAAGGUGAUGAUAGUGAAAUAGGCGGUAAAGCUGGAGCUAAUGAAAAAAGUGGCAGAAAUGCUGAAGGUGGAAAAGGCGGUAAAGCAGGGACUCGUGGAAAAAGUGGUAAAUCUGACGCUGAUGAAAAAAGUGGUAAAGAUGCUGAUGGUGGAAAAGGUGGGAAAUAUGGAGCUGAUGGUGUAAAAGGUGGUAAAGCUGGAGCUGGUGGAAAAAGUGGCGCAAGUGCUGAUGGUGGGAAAGACAGUAAAGCAGUGGCUAGUGGAAGAAGUGGUAAAGAUGUUAACGGUGGAAAAGGUGGUAAUGCUGGAGCUGAUGGAAAAAGUGGUAAAGGUGCUUAUGGUGGAAAAGGCAGUAAAGCUGGAGCUGAUGGAAAAAGUAGCACAGGUGCUGAUGGUGAAAAAGACAGUAAAGCAGUGGCUGGAGGAAGAAGUGGUAAAGGUGUGAAUGAUGGAAAAGGUAGUAAAACUGGAGGUGAUGGAAAAAGUGGCACAGGUGCUGAUGGUGGAAAAAGUGGAAAAGACGGUAAAGCCAGCGCUGAUGGAAAAAGAGGUAAAGGUGCUGAUAGUGAAAUAGGCGGUAAAGCUGGAGCUAAUGAAAAAAGUGGUAAAAGUGCUGGAGGAAAAGAAGGUAAAGCUGGCACUGAUGAGAAAAGUGGUAGAGAUACUGAAGGUGGAAAAGGUGGUAAAGCAGGGGCUCGUGGAAAAAGUGGUAAAUCUGACGCUGAUGAAAAAAGUGGUAAAGAUGCUGAUGGUGGAAAAGGUGGGAAAUAUGGAGCUGAUGGUGGAAAAGGUGGUAAAGCUGGAGCUGAUGGUGUAAAAGGUGGUAAAGCUGGAGCUGGUGGAAAAAGUGGCACAGGUUCUGAUGGUGGAAAAGACAGUAAAGCAGUGGCUGGUGGGAUAAGUGGUACAGUUGGUGUUGGAACUGGCGCUGGUGGAAAAAGUGAUGCAGCUGGUGUCGGUGCUGGUGGCACAGCUAACAAUACUGACUAUGAAACAACUCACCCAGACAUCCAUUCAAGAAAAGAGGACGAAAAAACUAUGAAAGACCAAGACGGCAAACAAGAGUUGGAUAAAACGGAAAAUAACGCAAAAGACGACGGUAAGUCACGUAAUUAG